CACACCACAGUCCUCACGCCGCUAGUGCCCAUCGCUUCCUUCGCCGCUUCAGUCGCAGCAAUCUACGACACCUACCACGCAGCGGUAACCGAUCCCCCUUCCCUUCCAUUCGCCCACACCGCAGGCGCACUCGAUGGCGACGGAGCUGACGGCGGCGCAGCUGCGGGCGUACGACGGCAGCGACCCGUCGAAGCCGAUCUACGUCUCCGUCCGCGGCAAGGUCUACGACGUCACCUCUGGCCGCGGCUUCUACGGGCCCGGCGGUGCCUACGCCGUGUUCGCCGGCCGCGAGGCCAGCCGCGCCCUUGGCAAGAUGUCCAAGGACGAGGCCGACGUCUCGGGGGACCUCUCCGGCCUCUCCGACAAGGAGCUCGGCGUCCUCGCCGACUGGGAGACCAAGUUCCAGGCCAAGUACCCCGUCGUCGCCCGCCUCGUCGGCGCCUGAACUCAUAAUCUGAAUUGAACCCCUCCCCCCCCCCCCCCACCCAAUCAGCCGCGACCACCACCACCUCUCUACCGCGGCAAGUAUUACUGUAAUUGUAUCCUACCUCUUGAGGUUGCUUGAUACAUUAGCUACCCAAUAAUCUGAAUGGAGGAUAAAUGUGCUUGCCACAUUACUCCCUGUAUGCAAUGUUAUCGGUCAGGAUAUAUGUGCUUGCUUGCUGUAUAAGUGUAACUACAUGCCCAAUAAUCCGAAUUAGAGAUUGGGGUUGGUUUUAGUAUUGA